GGGAGCGCGGCGCGGCGCUUCGCUGCGGGGGAGGCCAUGGCGGAACCUUCCCAGGCCUCGACCCCGGCUCCGGCCGCGCAGCCCCGGCCCCUUCAGUCCCCAGCCCCUGCCCCAACUCCGACUCCUGCGCCCAGCCCGGCUUCAGUCCCGACUCCAGCUCCCACUCCGGCACCAGCCUCCGCCCCAGCUGUAGCCCCAGCCGGGAGCACAGGGACUGGGGGCCCCGGGGUAGGAAGUGGGGGGACCGGGAGCGGGGGGGAUCCGGCUCGACCUGGCCUGAGCCAGCAACAGCGCGCCAGUCAGAGGAAGGCGCAAGUCCGGGGGCUGCCGCGAGCCAAGAAGCUUGAGAAGCUCGGGGUCUUCUCGGCUUGCAAGGCCAAUGAAACCUGCAAGUGUAAUGGCUGGAAAAACCCCAAGCCCCCCACUGCACCCCGCAUGGAUCUGCAGCAGCCAGCUGCCAACCUGAGCGAGCUGUGCCGCAGCUGUGAGCACCCCUUGGCUGACCACGUGUCCCACUUGGAGAAUGUGUCAGAGGAUGAGAUUAACCGGCUGCUGGGGAUGGUAGUGGAUGUCGAGAAUCUGUUCAUGUCUGUUCACAAGGAGGAGGACACGGACACCAAGCAGGUCUAUUUCUACCUCUUCAAGCUCCUGCGGAAAUGCAUCCUGCAGAUGACCCGGCCUGUGGUGGAAGGGUCCCUGGGCAGCCCCCCAUUUGAGAAGCCUAAUAUUGAGCAGGGUGUGCUGAACUUUGUGCAGUACAAGUUUAGUCACCUGGCUCCCCGGGAGCGGCAGACGAUGUUUGAGCUCUCAAAGAUGUUCCUGCUCUGCCUUAACUACUGGAAGCUUGAGACACCUGCCCAAUUUCGGCAGAGGUCCCAGGCGGAGGAUGUGGCUACCUACAAGGUCAAUUACACCAGAUGGCUCUGUUACUGCCACGUGCCGCAGAGCUGCGAUAGCCUCCCUCGCUACGAGACCACUCACGUCUUUGGGCGAAGCCUUCUCCGCUCCAUUUUCACUGUUACCCGCCGGCAACUGCUGGAAAAGUUCCGAGUGGAGAAGGACAAGCUGGUGCCCGAGAAGAGGACCCUCAUCCUCACUCAUUUCCCGAAGUUUCUGUCCAUGCUGGAGGAGGAGAUCUAUGGGGCAAACUCUCCGAUCUGGGAGUCAGGCUUCACCAUGCCACCGUCAGAGGGGACACAGCUGGUGCCCCGGCCAGCUACAGUCAGUGCAGCGGUUGUUCCCAGCACCCCCAUCUUCAGCCCUACCAUGGGUGGGGGCAGCAACAGCUCCCUGAGUCUAGAUUCCGCAGGGGCCGAGCCCAUGCCAGGCGAGAAGAGGAAGCUCCCAGAGAACCUGACCCUGGAGGAUGCCAAGCGGCUCCGCGUGAUGGGCGAUAUCCCCAUGGAGCUGGUCAACGAGGUCAUGCUGACCAUCACCGACCCUGCUGCCAUGCUGGGGCCCGAGACAAGCCUGCUGUCGGCCAACGCUGCCCGGGAUGAGACAGCCCGCCUGGAGGAGCGCCGUGGCAUCAUCGAGUUCCACGUCAUCGGCAACUCACUGACGCCCAAGGCCAACCGGCGGGUGUUGCUGUGGCUUGUGGGGCUGCAGAACGUCUUCUCCCACCAGCUGCCACGCAUGCCCAAGGAGUAUAUCGCCCGCCUCGUCUUUGACCCGAAGCACAAGACUCUGGCCUUGAUCAAGGACGGGCGGGUCAUCGGUGGGAUCUGCUUCCGCAUGUUUCCCACCCAGGGCUUCACGGAGAUUGUCUUCUGUGCUGUUACCUCAAAUGAGCAGGUGAAGGGCUAUGGAACUCACCUGAUGAACCACCUGAAGGAGUAUCACAUCAAACACAACAUUCUCUACUUCCUCACCUAUGCCGACGAGUAUGCUAUUGGCUACUUCAAGAAGCAGGGCUUCUCCAAGGAUAUCAAGGUGCCCAAGAGCCGCUACCUGGGCUACAUCAAGGACUAUGAGGGAGCGACCCUGAUGGAGUGUGAGCUGAACCCCCGGAUCCCGUACACAGAGCUGUCCCACAUCAUCAAGAAGCAGAAGGAGAUCAUCAAGAAGCUGAUUGAGCGCAAACAGGCCCAGAUCCGCAAGGUGUACCCUGGGCUCAGCUGCUUCAAAGAGGGUGUGAGGCAGAUCCCUGUGGAGAGUGUCCCCGGCAUUCGAGAGACGGGCUGGAAGCCAUUGGGGAAGGAGAAGGGGAAGGAGCUGAAAGACCCCGACCAGCUCUACACAACCCUCAAAAACCUGCUGGCCCAGAUCAAGUCGCACCCCAGUGCCUGGCCCUUCAUGGAGCCUGUGAAGAAGUCGGAGGCCCCUGACUACUACGAGGUCAUCCGCUUCCCCAUUGACCUGAAGACCAUGACAGAGCGGCUGCGUGGCCGUUACUACGUGACCCGGAAGCUCUUUGUGGCUGACCUGCAGCGGGUCAUCGCCAACUGCCGCGAGUACAACCCCCCGGACAGCGAGUACUGCCGCUGCGCCAGUGCUCUGGAGAAGUUUUUCUACUUCAAGCUCAAGGAGGGGGGGCUCAUUGACAAGUAGUCUCUGGCUUGGGACUGCAGCCCUGACCUGGAAUGUCUUCACCUUGGAUUCUUUUUUCGUUUUGUUUUUUUAAAGAUGACCAGUAAGGGGAUCUCAACCCUUGACUUGGUGUCGUCAGCACCACACUCAGCCAGUGAGCAAACCGGCCAUCCCUAAUAUAGGGACCUGAACCCGUGGCCUUGGUGUUUUCAGCACCGCACUCUCCCGAGUGAGCCACGGGCCGGCCCUUCACCUCAGAUUCUGAUCUGGUCCUUAGGGAUGCCCCUGGCCCAGCUCUCAGCACAAGACACUCCAGCCAGGAACUCCCCAGUCCUUUCUGGAUCCUCAGGCACUCUCAAGCCUACAGUUCUGUCCCAGCCCUCAUUUGUCUCUGACCUUGGGGAGAGGUCUCCUGGGCCUGGGGGCCCAGCCCCUUUAGAGUGGCGAGUAGCCAGAGUAUGAACCCCAACUUGUCUUUAUGGCCCCGUACCUGGUCCCCCCCAGAGCCAUGGAGGCUUGGAGUGCUGGUCUUGGCCCAAUGGGCUAUUUCCCCAAGGACCAGGACUGCUCAUUUUAGCUUGAGUGAGUGGGCUUUCAGGGUUUGGAAGUUCCAUCUGGACUGAAGGGGCCAUGCCUUGCCCUGCACUCUCUGUCAGUCCCCCAGGGAUGGGGGCCAUGGGGACCAUUCAUUGCCUGGCAUUAAUCCCUUGGAGGGAACAAUAAAGCUCUUUUUUUUAA